UGAGGUGUUAAUAUGGAUCGUAUUACCCUUGAAGAACUAAAUGAAAUGGAUGAUGAGAUCCAGGAUGAAGAACAAGAACAAGAUGAAACAGAACAAAAUAGGCUGUUUUCUCUGUGGGAAACAGUAGCCAACAGUCAUCAAGUGAUACUUCCUCAAGACAUGGCAGGUCCAAUAGUACAGAUGACCCACCAUAACCAUGUGCGAGAACCUGUGCCCUACACUGUUUUAUCACAGCAUGAGAAGUGUGAGGAAACAACAUAUGAGGAACGUCUAUACCCUGCUGGGAAAUGGGCAUGCAUCACCAAAGGAGAACCCAAGUAUGAGCAGAGCACCUCACUGAGUUUCAUGAAACUUAUAAGAUACAUCUGCAAAGAGAAUUCCCUAGGCCAGCACUUGGGGAUGACAGUACCUGUGAUUAAUGAGAUCCACCUGAAUAAGGAGGGUACUGAUUUGGUCCAAGAAGUUAUCACUGCUUAUUAUCUUCCUCAGGAAUUUCAGCUUAAUCCUCCUCUCCCCAUGGAUCCAGAAAUCCAAAUCCUAGAAAGAUCACCACUUCAGGUUAUCACCAGGGAGUUUUAUGGGCCAGCUACUGAGGAGACAAUCCUGCGAGAGAUUCACUUUCUUUGGGAGUUAUUGGGCUCGACAGAUAAUGUGCUCCGUGAAACAUACUUGGUGGCUGCAUAUCAGAACCCUAGUAUACCCAAUCGUCGCAAUGAGAUAUGGUUUAUCCGGAGAACAGAUUGAAAACAUCAUGGAUUUCUGACAAGAUUUGUAAUCCAGUGAAUCCAGUUUAGAUGGCAGUUCUAGCCUGAAGGAGAUGAAUGCACUUCCCAACUUACUCUAGAACUGACCUGAUGACCCAUUUCUUUCCCUUGAGGGCAUUAAGGAGUUGUGUUCCCUCCUAUGACUUCAGAAAUAGGGAAAAACAAGAACAUGGAAAAGUAGUAUGGUUUUCUGAUGUUCCUAGAGGGAACUGGCACUGGAAGAAUCUAUGGAUAUCUGCUUCAUUGACUUUGAAAUUUGUCCAUGCACAGUUGAGUUAAAAUGCAUCAGAAAUUGCAACUGUUCAGCCUGGUAUUUCAAAUGAUCUAAAUUCAUCUGGAAAUGAAUUUGGAGUGGCAGUCUGUAGCUGGAUGGGGCAUGGGGCAUAGUUUUACUUCCAGUGCUUACUUAGAUAAUUUAAUUUCUGGGCAAGAGGCUAUAUCUUUUAGCCAUGUAUAAGAUACUUCUAAUCACCUUUGUUCCAGCUUGACAUGGAAUAAUUUCAGACUUUCCUAAGUGGGUUGAUUUGAAUAUAUCC